GCUCGCGCUAGCCCAGCAGACGUCAAGAUGGCGGCGAGCAACUACUACGGGUUCGCGCAUGGCGCCGGUCCGCAGUACAGUGCCCAGCCUCCCGCAGCCUAUUCCCACCCCACCACGGGAAGCUACGCCAUCCAGCCCGGCCCCAGCGUGGCCCAUGCCGUGACCGCCUCCUACGCCCCGGCUACGGUCCAGACUGGGCGCCCCAUCGGCUCGGCGGCGUAUCCAGGAUACCAGAUACACCCUGCCCCCGAUUAUGGCUACGGGGCCCGGCAGCCGGAGUCAGCCUCCCAGCCCACGACAGCGCCACAGACAUACCAGGACAGCUACAGCUAUGGCCGAGCGGCUUCAGCGGGAGCCUAUGAGAGCAAGCAGUACUACCAGGCGAGCAGCGGUCCAGCGCCCGUCCAGCGCACCGCCGCAGACACCUACUACCAGACAGUGGCGAAGAGUGCGUACAGCCAGCCUGCCCCCCAGAGGCAGGUGACGGCACUGAAGCCGGUGGCCCCUGCCAGCUCCGUGGCCGUCAGCUAUGGUGUCUACCCCGCCUCCAGCAGCUCCAUCUGCUCCUAUGCCCCCAGCUCCUCCUAUAGCUCCAGCACGGCGCCAGCCUACUCAGCCGUCAGCUACUCCAGCUACGACCCCAGCUGCUAUGCAGCCAGCCCGUCUUACUUCCAGGCCUCCCAGCCUCCGCAGCCGCCCCCCCAGCCCCAGCUGCAGCCCCAGCCCCAGCCCCAACCCCAGCAGCCCCCGGCCCCCAAGCUGCUGAGCGGCUCGUCUUGGAGCAGUGCGGCUGGUGCCAUGGCGACAGCCCCCGCGUCCACGGGCAACGCCACUGGCGGCUACAAGAAGCCAACGUUCCACCAGAGCAAGCCGGCCCGGCCUAAGGGCCCCCCCAAACAGCCGCAGCUGCACUACUGCGAGAUCUGCAAGAUCAGCUGUGCGGGGCCGCAGACGUACCGGGAGCACCUGGAGGGCCAGAAGCACAAGAAGAAGGAAUCGGCCCAGCGGGGGGGUCAGCCGAGUGGUGGCCCCCGUGGGGUGCAGACCCAGCUGCUAUGUGAACUCUGUGACAUCUCCUGCACUGGGGCCGACGCCUAUGCCGCCCACAUUCGAGGAGCCAAACAUCAGAAGGUGGUCAAACUCUACAACAAACUGGGGAAACCCAUUCCAUCGACAGAACCUGUGCUUGUGAACUCUGCCCCGACCGUAACCACGACAACGUCAGGUAAACCCACGACCCCCACUGUCACUCCCGCCUCCUCAGCAUCUCCUGUGACGACGAUAGCUCCGCCCCCUAAAGCCGCGUCGGUGACCUCCAACAGGACCCUGCCCACCACCAGGAAGCCUGCUGCUCCCAAAAUAACGUUCGUCUCCAACGAGCCCGCCCCUGCCGCACCGGUGGCCAAGGGACUGGAAACCAAGACCACGGUGACUCCCAGGCCUGACCCACCAAGCGAGGACGAGGAGGGUGACGGGGCUGGGGUUCCAGGGGACGUGCAGCCCGUGGGGCAUGACUACGUGGAGGAGGUCCGCAAUGAGGAUGGCAAAGUAAUCCGCUUCCACUGCAAGCUGUGUGAGUGCAGCUUCAACGAUCCCAAUGCUAAGGACAUGCACCUGAAGGGCCGCCGACAUCGGCUGCAGUACAAGAAAAAGGUGAAUCCUGAGCUGCCCGUCGACAUCAAGCCAAGCAACCGGGCACGGAAGCUUCUGGAAGGAAAGUUGAGGAAACAGAAGGCAGCCCUGAAGAGGCAGCAUGAUGAGGAACAGCGGUGGCACAUGGAGAUGAGCAGGAGGUAUGAGGAGGACGUCUACUGGAGGAGAAUGGAGGAGGAGCAGCUCUACUGGGAGGAGCAGAGACGUAGGAUGGCCCCCCUCCCCCCACUCAUGGGACGACCUUGUAUGCCUGUACCCCCCCUCCUGGUGUUUUCGUCCAAGCCGGCACGGCGACCUGACUCCCCCGAUGACCGGCACGUCAUGGCCAAACAUUCCAGCAUCUACCCGGUGGAGGAAGAGCUGCAGGCCGUGCAGAAGAUCGUCUCGCACUCUGAGCGCGCCCUCAAGCUGGUCUCCGAUUCGCUGAUGGAGGUUGAGCCCCAGCUGGACGGCGAGAAGGCGCCGGAGCCCCCUGUGCGCACACUGAAGGGGGUGAUGCGGGUGGGCACCCUGGCCAAAGGCCUGCUGCUACGCGGCGACCGCAACGUGGAGCUCAUCCUGCUAUCGGCCCACAAGCCCACUGUGAGCCUCCUGAACAAGAUUGCUCAGCAGCUUCCCAAGGUGCUGAAGACGUUUUGCGAGGAAGUGUAUGAGGUGCGGGCUCUCCCCGAGGAAGCCAGCGUGGUGGUUUGUUCCAGCAAGGAGCCCAAAAUGCAGGCCACCGUAUCGCUCACCUCGCCGCUGAUGAGGGAGGAGCUCGGCCCGGCCCCGGGCGCGGACCAGCAGGCGCAGAAAGGUGUGGCGGAGCCGGACCCACAGGACAUCCUGGACAGGAGAAGGUGCCUGGAGGGGCUGGCCACUCUCCGUCACGCCAAGUGGUUCCAGGCCCGUGCUAACGGCCUGCAGUCUUGUGUGAUCGUCAUCAGAGUGCUGCAGGACCUCUGCCGGCGUGUGCCAACAUGGGGAAAGAUGCCCAGCUGGGCAUUGGAGCUGCUGGUAGAGAAAGCCAUCAGCAGUGCCCCCGGACCCCUUAGCCCCGGCGAGGCCCUGCGUAGAGUGCUGGAGUGCAUGGCGACUGGGAUCCUGCUUCCAGACGGCCCGGGCCUGCUCGACCCCUGUGAGAAGGACCAGACAGAUGUGCUGGAGGGCAUGACCAACCAGGCCAGGGAGGACAUCACGGCCAGCGCCCAGCACGCCCUGCGUCUGCUCGCCUUCCGGCAGAUCCACAAGGUGCUGGGGAUGGAGUGUCUGCCGGCCAGCAAGGCGCGGCCUGGGGGCCACACGCGCAAGCGCCGUCUGGAUGGCGGCGAGAGCGGCGAGGGUGAGGGCGAGGGCAAGAAGGACAAGAAGGAGGAGGAGGACGAGGACGACGAGGACUCCUGAUGGACGCCCUCUGGGACAGCCUCGCCUUCAUGAAUAUCCACCUGUAUCGACUCAUCGCCGUUUAGCCACGUUAGCAUCUCGUAGGGAGGGGGCACAAAGGCCCAGCGGGGGGCUUCUUAACCUCUGCUCCCUUCCUACAGUACUACAGUAACAUAAUAUAGAUUCAAUGCAGAUACCGAGGCUAGCACUGGUUUAGACCUCCCUGAACAUCAAGGACGGAGUCAUUCCACUGUCGCCAUGAAUACCGGGGUGCCCUUGCCUGGCAGAAUCCGCCCACCGCCCCCCCCCCCCAACCAUGGGCCCCCCCGAACCAAGCUUGCGUGCGUCUCUUCUCCGGGGAGGGAGGGGAGUUCAUGUGAUUAAAGCCAGUCCAAACAUGUAGCCAUCUGACAGCUGCGGACACAGUGUUUUUAUUUUUACUCUUUAAUCUAUGAGCAGGGUGGGUUGUUAAAGGAUGGUCUGGGGGCUUCAGUGCCCCCCCCCCCCCCCCCUUCCCACAGGCCACUGAAUGGUGGAUUCGCUUAUUUGUUUUUAUUUUGAAGAAGAGGGGCUUAUGAAAUAAGUAGGACGUGGAUAACGAAUCCUAAAAAUAAUUGUCAAGGGGGGGGGGUCUAAGGAGGUGUGUGUCUCUUCCCUCUUUCUAAUGAAGAGGCACCCCUAACCCCCACCCCCCCGACGCAGUUCCGCCCGUGACAGUCAAGUGAAGCUAAGAGGAGGUUGGCGAUGUCAACCUGCUGAGUUAAGGUAGUGUCCCUUGUAAAACAGACACUGUGAGAGGUGUGUGUGCGUGACUGGGGGCGAGUGUGUGUCAGUUUUCACAUGCUCACGCAUACAGCCACACACACACCAUGCUGCUGUUCGAGGCGAAGGCUUCCCGUUCGUGAGGGUCCGGGUGUGGUGCUUUAACACCCCUGCCAGCUCGCACCCCCCCCCCCCCCCCGCUGCUGGGGCCCUGUUCUGCAGCUGGCCCCCUGUUCAGAGUGUUACUUUUCAUUUUUAACCUCUUGUGGCCAGAGGGUGGGAGGUCAGCUGUUUCGCUGAGCCUAGGAGUGACUUUAUGAACUUGUUUCAGCUGCUUUUGUACAAGUCCACCUAAUUCUCUCCAUUUGGGGGAGGGGGGGCAGAUUAAUCCUCACACGUGAAAUUAUCUGGAGGUUUAAGCAUUUAGCAGUUUCCCUGUGCCUGUAAUGUGAUUUUUUUUUUAGAUGUGUAUUCAAUGGUCAGUUAUUUUCUUCCUUUGGGUACGGAAGGUGUGAAUCAACAUUUUUGCAAAGUGCUGUAUGUCAGUACCAGACAUGGAAGACAGUUAAUAAACUGGAAAGUUGGACUAAA